AUGCAUCGAACAAGCUGGGUUGUCGUUGCUCUCCUGAACGUUGCCUGGGUUUUCUUCUUUUUGCAACCAGAUCCUUUUGAAGGUAAGACUUUCAUGCAACUGGGAUUUUUUUUCUGGGCUAGAAAUUUAUAAAAACAUUCAAUGACAGUGUUGCUGUUUGUCUGAGUCACUUUCCCACCAUCAAAUAACAACUGAGUUAAAAAUCUUCACUAUCACAUCCUCCUGUGCACUCUGUUAGUUUUGUCCUAAAUGUGCUUUUAAAGUGUUUCUACACAAAAGAAGCUCCAGUGAAGAGGUGAUCUUUGGAGAGUUUUGUAUUCAGCCACAGUUUGAUGAGAGUUGGACUUCAGCUCCACAUGCAGUCAUUGUUACUGCCAGAAAAACCAACAUGACCAACACGACAGCUGAAGGUAAGUCAGUUCUGUCAGUUCAGGCUUUUCUGCAUGUAUGUUAUAUUAUUUUUUAUUACAGAGUUUUUUCACCUUUCUAAUGAAAAAUUCUGUGUUAAUAUUUAAACAAUGCAUUCUUUGCUUAGCUAUAAGGAUCAUACAUGGUCAUUUCUCUAUAAAGUCUUGCUUGAAUGUGUCUAUUGAAGGAGAUUUGACACUGCUGUGCAGUAGGUUGACAGUCAUCUAAUUUCUGAUAUUUUCAUAAUUUUAUUGCUGUAGAAAUUAUCUGCAAUUUGUGAACACAUUUGCAAACUGUGUGUGCAGAUUUUAGAAUAACACACACAAUUUAUUAUCUGAGUUGGAACAAAUUUGCAGUUCCGGCACGUUGACUUGGAGACCAUUUGUGUGGAGUUAAUAUGUAAUCCAUGUGCACAGAUGCAUCCACACAGAUGUGAAGUUAGUAAUCACAGAAUUAAAUUUGUGUUUACUUGGACUCUUUUACUGUACAGUGUGGAUAUUAGCAGAGUCGGCAGGACAAAUAAAAAAAACGUGUCGUCUGCAAAGGAAGGAGAAUAAAGAUAGUUACAGGAGAGACAAUGUUGAUGAUAUAAUUCGGAAAAAAACAAAACAAAACUUGGCUUAGGAGUGAUCUUUGUGGAACACCUUUCAUUUAUAAUAAUUAAUAAUCAAUUUCACACAUGAAAACCUGCCAGAAAAAACAAGCUAUGUUUGUCAACAGGGAAUUUGUAAAGUUUGAUCAAACAUUUUAUGUUUAUUAUUACUGACUAGGUGCUUGAUGGGGAACUUGAUUUAUAUUUUUAUAGUGUUGGGCAAACAAUCGAAUCACUGCAUUUUUUUUUAAACUUGAGAAAGACUUUAUUUAAAAAUAUCUGAAAGAAACUGAUUUGUUCAUAGUCCCUUAAUAUUCCUGCUUUUGAUUAAUUUCCAUCCACUCUUUUUCAGGGAGGAACUCUACAUUGUCUGAUGUUGGUUUAUCAUUGAUCAUUAAUACGACUGCACAGGACUGCCAGUGCAACCAGACAACAGUGCAUCUCAAAGAUUUACAGUUGUUGGAUAUAGCUUUAAGACCUCUUGCACCAGGAUGUGAACCAAACAUUAUGUAAGUCAGUUUAUAGGUUUUCUUUGUUUGUUUAAACCAGUUUUAUUUGUAUGUAUUUGUUUCAAGGUCCCAUAUUAUGCAAAAUUCACUGAAAAGUAGGAUAAUAUGGGACCUUUGAAGCAGUGAUGUGAUAGUGUUAAAAGCAGCUAAAGUGAAGAAGAUACUUGUGACAGGAGACAUUCAUCUAUUUUUGUUCAUGUUUUCUUCUAUUUGCGUUGUACUAGCAUGACAUUUUCCAACAUGGAGGUGUGUGUUGAUGGGAAUACUUCCUUUGUUGAACUUGGUCUACUUACAGUGUAAGUCCUGGAUCUACACUAAUAUUCAUUAUUAAAUCUGGUCCGUAUGUGAGCUGUUCAGUUGUAUGUUGGUCAGGUUGGGGCCUCUCUGAGGUGGCAGAUUUGGUUGGAAGAGCCGACUUUGACUGACUGAUAAUACCUGCAGCUUGACUGGUUUUCUCAAAGGCAUGUAUAAGGAUCUGAAGAAGUCCAGAAUCACAUUGUUUAUUGUUUUACAACAUCAGGGACAUGAAUGAGACCACUCCAGUCAGUCCUGAUGUGGCUGAAACAAAAGUUACCCCAGACCCCGGGUUGACUGAGACCAGACCUUCAGCUGCUCCUGUUUUCACAAGCACCCAUCAUUCAAAAGGCCCAGAUGGAGCGACAGGGGCAGCUGAACAUGGUGAGUAGAUGUCUUCUUUAAAGCUUUCUGUUUUCACCUCUAAAAAUGAUUCCACUCUUCGUCAAGUUGCAAUCCUUCAUUUUUUGAAUACUGAUUAUUAAACCAACUCUAGGAGAAACUUGUCUUGUAUUCCUGUUGUUACUUUCCCACAUGGUCAUAGUCCAGUAACUAUUCCUCAACUUGUGUCCAUCAACUUUUUUCACAGCUAUCACAGGGAGAAACUUUUCAUCCUCUGAAGUGGAGACCAUUGAGAAGACCAAAACUGUGAAGGAUUGUCUGUGCAAUGACGGGAAAGGGCUGCGAAAAGAUGAGCAGUUGUUGGACAUAGCUCUCAGACCUCCUGCAGCAGAAUGUGACCCAAAGAUCAUGUAAGUCACUUUAUUUCAUAUCUGAUACAUUUUUAUAUGUUUCCUUUAUCAGCAAGAGUAUUUUGAAAAGCAAUGAUAUGAUAACACUGAAAAUAAGUCGCAUUAAUGGACUUUACUCUCAUGUUUUUCUUUAUCUGUAUUAUUGGGCCAGCAUGACGUUUCCCACCGUGGAGGCAUGUGUUGAUGUGGAGGAUUUCUUAGCUGCCGUUAGUCCUCCUCCUGCGUAAGUUCUGGGGUCGGGUUAGUAAAAUCAGUCACCCCUGAUUCUGCAAAAGUCAGCCUUUAUAUGAUCAGAUCAGAUUCUCCUUCAAGAUUUCAGAAAUUUUUCCAUGAAUCAAGAAAAGUUUAGAAUGAACUGCAACUUAACUGGCUGAAAAGUUUUUUCUUUCUUUUCUUUUUUCUUAAAGCUCUGUCAAACAGGACGACCAAGUCAGAAGAGUCAAGUCAGCACCGAGAAGAGUACAUGGUGAGUGGGUGUCCUCGUCAUAGCUUUUCUACCUUCACCUCUGAAAGCUUUUUAAAUGUACUUUUGAUUAAAAUUCUUCCUUUUUUUUGGUUGUGUUUCCACUUAAGUGUGUCUCAGCCAUGGCCAUUUAGAUAUGAAAGUGUUGUGGAAGCCAAAGAAGUUUGGUUUCUGUUCUUUUCUUAUUGAAGAAGCUGAACUUUGUUAAAACAGGUGAUAGUUUUUUGAGCUGAUAUUGCUCAAUUUCUCAUCUCAGCACAUAGUUGGUGGAAAACUCUUUAAGCCUGUUUUAGAAAUUACUUUAAGCUUACAUAAAGUUAUUUUUAUAUUUAGUAAAUCAUCAUUUUAUUAACAAUAUCACAGAAUGACAUUUACAUGUUAUGCAAAGGACCAAGUCUUAACCAAAGUAUGUCUCUCUUUCACUCCAGAUGCUUUUUUUUUACCCUUUUGGUGAUGGAUUAGCAACAGAUUGCUGCACAAGGUUUAUAGCACGCCCGAUACCGUUAAGGAUGAUAAGGGGAUACAGCAAACAACGCUCUGGACUGUGCCCCAUUGAUGCCAUCAUGCAAGUACAAGUUGUAGUUUAUUAGACAGGCCAUAUGCAACAGCAUAAUCUUCAGAUGUUUUUACAUGACAUAGCAUCUUGUGACACAAUUUUUAAUGAAGUUUAAGUUCACACAACUUCAGUCAUAAGAUUCUCUUAUUUUCCCAACAGAUUUUUUAUUCGCCGUGGGAGAAUGUUCUGUGCUAAUCCAAAGAAUAAAUGGGUGAAAAUAGCUGUGAAGAAACUUGAUGAAAGAGCUCGUAAAGAACACACAAGAAGCACCCACCUGACAUUAGAUGUAGUCUAAGCAGCCAUUUACACCUUUAUGCUUUAAAAUUAAGAUUUAAAGUUGAUGUUUUAAAAUCUGUCUGAAAUAUAUAAUCAUGCUUUCUUCAAAUUGAUGAAACUCUGGUUUAAUCUAUAUAAACUAAUAUCAUGAACUGUCAAGAGUUAAUGUGGUUUAAAGAUUCAUGAAAACAGAGAGGUUGUCUCUGAAGCUACUGAGCUAUCUAACUCUGUGAAAUGUCUCACAGUGUUUCUCUGUCAAAUGUUGAAAAAAAAGAGAGUGAGUGUAUAACUUUUUUUGUGGGAGAGAAAGUCACACUUUCUGCAGCUCAAAGGAAAUGACACAUUUCUUAUCACAGAAAAAACAUCUGCAAACACAGAGCAAACUAACUAGUUUGGGUUUCAUCAGAGAGGAGAUGUAUUCUGCAACUCGCUCAUCAGCAGACAGCAGACAGAAACAUGCACUGGACAGCAAAGAUUGCCACAGCGCUCCUGAACAUUGUCUGGGUUUUACUCUUUUUGCAACCAGGUGACUUUUGCAGAUUAUGCAGAUUAAGAGAAGUCCCGCCUCUUGGCCAAUCAAAGUUGCAAUGGCACCUGGGAUGGCCAAUCAGAUUUCCAGCCACACCACUGAGAGUAACACAUCUCUUUCUCAGCUCCUUUUUAUUUCAGUGUGUUUCUUUGAUAAUAAACAAUGAUCGUCUGACUGUGACACUCAUAUGAGCAGGUCUGGUUGAAAUGGAUCAGUUUUUUAAGAGGUGCACCAGUAUUUCUUCAUUUAAAGCAUUUUUAUCUCUUGAUGAACAUUUUUGUGGUUUUAAGAUACGAGACUGAGCAAUCGUAUGUCCGUGCGAUGAAUCCUCUCUGUGACCAGCUUUGAGGUUGUGCUGCACACACAGAGAAACUUGUUUGCAUAUUAAAGGUUACAGACAUUAAUGUGCAGCUCUUCAGAGUAAUUCAGUCAUGGCUUCCAUGGAUGAGGAAACAUUAUUUUGACUGAUAUAUAUUCCUUCUUUGCUUGUUUUCAGUAGAUUUUUAAAGUUCAGAGCUCUUUCUAUCCUGUUACAUGAUCUGCUUUAUCUUAACACAAUAAAACCCCUUUUUUGUAUGAAUAAGCCUCAAAAGUUGUAGAAGUUAAGUUUAUUGUUGCCUAAUAAGUGAGCUAAGAGGAAAAAAUAUGAAAAUUAAAGGUCAUCUGUUUCUUUAUGAAAACCUUUAACAUGGAAGUUUAACUUCAGCCCAACUACAGCUUUACUGACAAAAUGAAACAGUUUUUGUCUUAUUUCUAUUGUUUGAUAUUAUUUUAAUCAAUAAAAAGAACUAAUUUCAUCUUGUUUUCAAGGAUUAAUGUCCCUCCAUCCAUCUUCCAUCGCUGUUCCGGGAUCGGGUUGCGGGGGCAGCAGCCUAUUAUGGGAAGGAAAAUGUGUCAUUUAAUGUUCAUUUAUGUCUUCAUUUGCCUGACUGUGAGAAACUGGGGACCUUUGUGGGCACAUUCAGAAUCUAUUUUUGAGUCUUUUAAUGGGGAGAUACUGAAGAUGUUUCAUGGCACCUAGUGUGUUCCCAUACAAAUAAUGAAACAGUUUACAUAUAGACAAGUGUGGCCUCUUUUGAAAAACGGUGCACUGAGAAAUGCUGUGCCUAGACGUAGACAGAUGUAUAACAACUUGACUGGUGAAAAAAGCUGACACAGUUUGAAAGAGUAGCAGAUCAAGUUGUGACUCUUGGUUUACACUAUGUACGAAAACUUACUGGUGAAGAGAUACUGGCGAUGGCAGAGAAACUUUCAGUCACCUCUGAUAUGGUUGUGAAAAUAUUCAGUAGAACUUUCGUCAAAGGAGAACUGUAUUACUCAGAGCAGUUCACUAUAGUAAUGAAAAGGAACAGCCUCACUGUUUUGUUGGAUAAUGGACACGUAAUCACUGUGUAUUAUUACAUUGUGGUAGAGAGACUUGAUGACAGAAAAUGUUUUGCUGUUGGAAGACAGUAUAAUAAGAGAGAGAGCAGCCACCCUGCGGAGAAAACUUCUAUCGGCCGCUUGUACUCCUGAUCUUAUUCUUUCCGUCACAGAGAGCUUUGUCUUUCGGCUCAUCUCCCUCUUUACCAUGAUAGAUCUGUGCAGCAUCCACAUCACUGCUAACGCGGCACCAAUCCGUCUGUCAAUUUCCCGCUCCAUUCUCCCCUCACAUGUGAACAAGACCCAGAGAUACUUGAACUCCUCCACUUGGGGCAGGAUCUCAUCUCUGACCCAACUAUUUUAUCUUAUUUUAAGGGUUUUAUAUCACCUGUUACCAAACAAAAUGACCCUGUGUUAUUUUAUCGUAAUGGAUUGAUAUUACCUUUACAAAUAAAAUAAUCCUAUUUCAUCUUAAAGAUAAAACAUUUGGGUCUCAUUAUAAUGGAUUCAAAUCACCUUUACCAAUAAACUAAAAUAUUUUGUUGUAUAAUUUUUUUUAUUGUUUCGAUGCUUUUAUAUCCAUUUCACCAACAAAAUAAAUCAAUUUUAUUAUAUUUUAAUAAUUUAAUACCCCUUUACCAAUAAACAACUUGUUACCCUCUUUUAAUUGUUUAAUAUCCCCUUUACUGAUAAAAAUUAGGUUUUGAAUUAAAACUAAGAAUAAAUAUAUCAACGUAUUUAAAUCAGCUACACUGCUCUGUUUUUUUAUUUUUAUUUUACAGCUUCAGCAUCAUUUCACAAAUUGAAAUGUUUGUUUCACAUGAAAGUCAAACCUCUUCAGCUGGGAGGCAGAGUACAUGAUAUGUUCGUGGGAGAGUAAAUCACACCUUCUGCUGUUGGUUUUGAGGUUUCAUGUUAAAUUUCCUAACUCAGAAUUGUGAAGAAACACAUGCAAACACACGGAAAGCAGAUCUUUUUUUAGAUGCUCAUGGACAGAUAAUAUAUUCUGCCACACAUGUAUUUCACUCAGAUAGAUUUUCAGUGGGUGUUUAGGUGCAUCAGGUGUCUGCAUCAUGCAUCAAACAAGCUGGGUUGCCGUUGCUCUCCUGAACCUUGCCUGGGUUUUCUUCUUUUUGCAACCAGAUCCUUUUGAAGGUAAGACUUUCAUGCAACUGGGAUUUUUUUAGCUACAAAUUUAUAAAAACAUUCAAUGACAGUGUUGCUGUUUGUCUGAGUCACUUUCCCACCAUCAAAUAACAACUGAGUUAAAAAUCUUCACUAUCACAUCAUACUGUGCACUCUGUUAGUUUUGUCCUAAAUGUGCUUUUAAAGUGUUUCUACACAAAAGAAGCUCCAGUGAAGAGGUGAUCUUUGGAGAGUUUUGUAUUCAGCCACAGUUUGAUGAGAGUCGGACUUCAGCUCCACAUGCAGUCACUGUUACUGCCAGAAAAACCAACAUGACCAACACGACAGCUGAAGGUAAGUCAGUUCUGUCAGUUCAGGCUUUUCUGCUUGUAUGUUACAUUAUUAUUAUUUUUUUUAAUUUAAUUUAAUUUAAUUUAAUUAAUAUAUUAAUUUUUAAAACUUUUCUACAGAAAAAUUCUCUGGCGAUUUUUAAACAAUGCGUUCUUUGCUUAGCUAUAAGCAUCAUACAUGGUCAUUUCUCUAUAAAGUCAUGCUUGAAUGUGUCUAUUGAAGGAGAUUUGACACUGCUGUGCAGUAGGUUGACAGUCAUCUAAUUUCUGAUAUUUUCAUAAUUUUAUUGCCGUAGAAAUUAUCUGCAAUUCUUAAACACAUUUGCAAACUGUGUGUGCAAUUUUCAAAAUUGCACACACAAUUUAUUAUCUGAGUUGGAAAAAAUGUGCAAUUCUGGCAUGUUGACUUGGGAGACCAUUUGUGUGGAGUUAAUAUGUAAUCCAUGAGCACAAAUGCAUCUGCACAGAUGUGAAGUUAGUAAUCACAGAAAUUAAUUUGUGUUUGCUUGGACUCUUUUAACGUACAGUGUGGAUAGUUGCAGAGUUGGCAGGACAAUACAAAACAGUGUGGUCUGCAAAAUAAGGAUAAUUAAGUUAGUUACAGGAGAGACAAUGUUGAUGAUAUAAAUCAGAAAAAAAAAAACUUGGCAUAGGAGUGAUCCUUGUGGAACACCUUUCAUUAAAAAUAAUUAAUAAUCAAUUUCACACAUGAAAACCUGCCAGAAAACACAAGCUAUGUUUGUCAACAGGGAACUUGUAAAGUUUGAUCAAACAUUUUAUGUUUAUUAUUACUUUGUGCUUGAUGGGGAACUUGAUUUAUAUUUUUAUAGUGUUGGGCAAACAAUCAAAUCACUGCAUUUUUUUUUAAACCUGAGAAAGACUUUAUUAAAAAAUAUUGGAAAUAAACUGAUUUGUUCAUAGUCUGUUAAUUAAUCCUGCUGUUAAUUAAUUUCCAUCCAUUAUUUCUCAGGUAGGAACUCUACAUCGUCUGAUGUUGAUUUAAUUAAAACGACUGCACAGGCCUGCCAGUGCAACCAGACAACAGUGCAUCUCAAAGAUUUACGGUUGUUGGAUAUAGCUUUAAGACCUCUUGCACCAGGAUGUGAACCAAACAUUAUGUAAGUCAGUUUAUAGUUUUUUGUUUGUUUGUUUGUUUGUCUGAACCAGAUUUUACUUGUAUGUAUUUGUUUAAAGCAGUGAUGUGAUUGUGCUAAAAGCAGCUAAAGUGAAGAAGAUACUUGACUAAUUUUUGUGGGAGCAUUAAAUGCAAUGACAUGUGACAUUCAUCUAUUUUUGUUCAUGUUUUCUUUUAUUUGCGUUGUUCUAGCAUGACAUUUCCCAACAUGGAGGUGUGUGUUGAUGGGAAUACUUCCUUUGCUGAACUUGGUCUACUUACAGUGUAAGUCCUGGAUCUGCAGCAAUAUUCAUUAUUAUUAGUUUAACCAGAAAGACAAUAGAAAUAUAGAAAUAUAGAAAAUCCGGCCCGUAUGUGAGCUGUUCAGUUGUAUGUUGGUCAGGUUGGGGCUUCUCUGAGGUGGCAGAUUUGGUUGGAAGAGCCGACUUUGACUGACUGAUAAUACCUGCAGCUUGACUGGUUUUCUCAAAGGCAUGUAUAAGGAUCUGAAGAAGUCCAGAAUCACAUUGUUUAUUGUUUUACAACAUCAGGGACAUGAAUGAGACCACUCCAGUCAGUCCUGAUGUGGCUGAAACAAAAGUUACCCCAGACCCCGGGUUGACUGAGACCAGACCUUCAGCUGCUCCAGUUUUCACAAGCACCCAUCAUUCAAAAGGCCCAGAUGGAGCGACAGGGGCAGCUGAACAUGGUGAGUAGAUGUCUACUUUAAAUCUUUCUGUCUUCACCUCUAAAAAUGAUUCCACUCUUCAUCAAGUUGCAAUACUUAAUUUUUUGAAUGCUGAUUAUUAAACCAACUCUAUGAGCAACUUGUCUUGUAUUCCUGUUGUUACUUUCCCACAUGGUCAUAGUCCGGUAACUAUUCCUCAACUUGUGUCCAUCAACUUUUUUCACAGCUAUCACACAGAGAAACUUUUCAUCCCCUGAAGUUGAGACCAUUGAGAAGACCAAAACUGUGAAGGAUUGUCUGUGCAACAACGGGAAAGGGCUGCAAAAAGAUGAGCAGUUGUUGGACAUAGCUCUCAGACCUCCUGCAGCAGAAUGUGAACCAAAGAUCAUGUAAGUCACUUUAUUUCAUAUCUGAUACAUUUUUAUAUGUUUCCUUUAUCAGCAAGAGUAUUUUGAAAGGCAAUGAUAUGAUAACACUGAAAAUAAGCCGUAUUAAUGGACUUUACUCUCAUGUUUUUCUUUAUCUGUAUUAUUGGGCCAGCAUGACGUUUCCCACCGUGGAGGCAUGUGUUGAUGUGGAAGAUUUCUUAGCUGCCGUUAGUCCUCCUCCUGCGUAAGUUCUGGGGUCGAGUUAAUAAAAUCAGUCACCCCUGAUUCUGCAAAAGUCAGCCUUUAUAUGAUCAGAUCAGAUUCUCCUUUUUAGAUUUCAGACAUUUUUCAGACAUAGAAUGAACUGCAACUUAACUGGCUGAAAAGAUUUUAAUUUCUUUUUUUUUUUUUAAAGCUCUGUCAAACAGGACCCAGCAGCACCAACAAGUCUAUUUGGUGAGUGCAUGUCCUCAUCAUAGCUUUUCUACCAUCACCUCUAAAAACUCUUUAAACAAACUAUAAAUUAAGAUCCUUCCUUUAUUUAGGUUUUAUUCCCACUUACGUGUGUCUCAGCUGUGGCCAUUUAGAUAUGAAAGUGUUGUGGAAGCCAAAGAAGUUUGGUUUCUGUUCUUUUCUUAUCGAAGAAGCUGAACUUUGUUAUUACUGAUAAUCGUUUACCUGAUGAUGAAAUCUAGGAGCUGAUAUUGAUCAAAUUCUCAUCUCAGCACAUAGUUAGUGUAAACCUCUUAAGAACUGUUUUAGAAAUUACCUUAAGCAUACAUAAAGUUCUUUUUAUAUUUAGUAAAUCAUCAUUUUAGUAACAAUGGGAUGGCAUUUAUUUGUUAUGCAAAAGACCAAGACUUAAUCAAAGUAUGUCUCUCUUUCACUCCACAUGCCUUUUUUCUAUGCUGUUGGUGAUGGAUUAACAACAGGUUGCUGCUCUAAGUACUCCACACAACAGAUAUACGCAUGGAAGAUUAAAAGAUACAGCUUACAGACCAGGGACUCUGGGUGCGACAUUGAUGCCUACAUGUAAGUACGAGUUGUAGUUUAUUAGACAGGACAUAUGCUACAGCAUAAUCUUCAGAUGUUCUUACAUUGCAUAACAUCCAGUGACACAAUUUCUAAUGAAGUUUAAGUUCACACAAGUUCAGUCAUAGAGAUUCUCUUUUCUCUACAGAUUUGAAACAUACGAUGGAAGACUGACAUGUGCUGAUCCAGAGGAUGAGUGGGUGAAAAGCGUGUUUUUGACCUACCUCGUUUUGAAUAAAUUUUUAAUCGAACACAAAGAAUGAAGAAGAAAAAGAAGCACACGCCUGACAAAAGAUGCAGUCUAAGCAGCCAUUUACACAAUAUGCUUUAAAAUUAAGAUUUUAAGUUGAUGUUUUUAUGCUGUAUGAAAUAUAUAAUCAUGCUUUCUUCAAUUUGAUGAAACUCUGGUUUAAUCUAUAUAAAUUAAUAUCAUGAACUGUCAAGAGCUGAUGUGGUUUAAAGAUUCAUGAAAACAGAGAGUUUGUCUCUGAAGCUACUGAGCUAUCUAACUCGGAAAUGUCUCACAGUGUUUCUCUGUCAUAUGUUGAAAAUAAAGAGAGUGAGCGUAUAACUUUUUUUGUGGGAGAGAAAGUCACACUUUCUGCAGCUCAAAGGAAAUGACGCAUUUCUCAUCACAGAAAAAACAUCUGCAAACACAGAGCAAACUAACUAUUUUGGGUUUCAUCAGAGAGGAGAUGUAUUCUGCAACACGCUCAUCAGAAGACAGCAGACAGAAACAUGCACUGGACAGCAAAGAUUGCCACAGUGCUCCUGAACAUUGUCUAGGUUUUACUCUUUUUGCAACCAGGUGACUGUCAUAACCGCAGAAGGAGGAAGAAAUCACACUGAUGCAUGCACAGCUGCCGUUUAAAAGACAUUUUCACCACACAGAGAGGAGGUGGACACUGGGUUCGUUUAAGGACAUAAACUAGGGAUAAUGAUGAAGACUAAGAGUUUGUUCUGUGAUUCAUGGAGUUUUUUCUAAAUAAUAGCAGAUGAAACCAACUUCUCAAUACACAGCCCACAUAUCAGUUUUAACAGAAUCAAUCAGUCAAACUUUAUUUAAAAAGCACUUUUCAUACACAGAAUGCAGUACGAAGUGCUGUCCAUUCAAAAAAUAAUAUAAAAUAAAUAAAAUAUAAAUAAAUAUUCAAAUUUAGAACCUGCUAACCCUCCAAACCCCUGUCAACACAUACAGCACUCACAUGCUCACACACACACACAGUAUAUCCUUUAAUUUACCACAGAUGACUGAGGAAAAGAGAUAAAAAAUGAGGAAAUACUGGACCUUAGACUAAAGUGAUAAAACCAUGAUCAACUACAAUAAUAAAUCGUUCAAAGUUAAUUCAAUAAAACAGUCUUAAAAUCAAACAAUAAAAGAAAGUUAUGAAAAAAAAGAGGUAAUAAAACACAAAAUAGUAACUCUAGGACUAAAAUAGGGUGAAAUCACAUAAUGCAGAUUAAGAGAAGUCCCACCUCUUGGCCAAUCAAAGUUGCGAUGGCAUCUGGGGAGGCCAAUCAGAUUUACAGCCACGCCACUGAGAGUAACACUCUUUCUCAGCUCCUUUUCUUUCUUUCUUUCUUUCUUUUUUUUUGAGUGUGUUUCUUUGAUAAUAAACAAUGAUCGUCUGACUGUGACACUCAUAUGUGCAGGUCUGGUUGAAAUGGAUCCGUUUUUUAAGAGGUGCACCAGUAUUUCUUCAUUUGAAGCAUUUUUAUCUCUUGAUGAUCAUUUUGUGGUUUUAAGAUAUGAAGCGCGUCACUUCUGCAGUCAUGGGCUCUUUUUCUAUGAAGAUAUAUAUGUAUUUCAAUCCUGCAGCGUUUUACUCUCUGCUCAGGAAGAUGCACAUGUAUCAGCAGCUGCUGAGUUUCCAGUUAAAAGUGACUCAAACCUGCAGAAAGAAAACAUGCAGCGGUUUGUGCAGAUCACUGUGGCUCUUCUGAACGUCAUAUGGAUCGUCCUCUUUUUGACAUUUGACCUUUCCCAUGGUAAGAGAAAAUUUAUUUACUGAGUUUUUUUUCACAUCACCUUGGUCCCGUGUUGAUAUAGGUGUUGUUUUGCAGUGCUUAUACAGAGGCGAAGUUUGAACGAGGAGGAGGCGAUUGAAGAGUUUUGCGUUCAACCUCCAGGAGUGAAGGUCUCCACUAAAGAGAGCAACAAGGCCAACACAGUUGAGGGUAAUUUUUUGUCUUUACCAUCUAAAGCUGAAUAAAAAUCUAUAUUUCAAAUUAUUGUGUUGUAUGUUCACAAGGAACAAAACUUUCCAACCUGAUGUCUUCAGCUGCAGGAGGCGGAGAUGAAACAAACGCCAUGUAAGUAGAUAUUCCCAUUUUUUGGGGUUAUAAAUAAAUAUUAGAGCCAUUUUUUUUACUCACUCUAAAGCUCACUGUGAGUAAUUUUGUGUUGAUGUCAGUUUUGGCACCCCCUGUGGCAAACAAUCUUUGCACAUCUUGUCCCAUUUAGGCCUAUUCUUAAAAAUUACUUUAUUUUCAAUUUUCCUGACUUUUCAUUGCCAAAUGCAUUAUUCAUUAUGAAUUUUUUAAAGCUCCCAUGAGUAACUUUUAGUUUAUUUGCUUUUGUAUAGCUUAAAAAUGCAUCAAUGUGAAUUUCAAUCUAUUUUGUAGAUGUCAAAAAACUCCCCACAGCAGCUUUAAUGUAAAAAGGUUGAAAAAAGGGCUGCCCCACCAACAGCUACCCCCUCAAACCAAUUUAAGGCAUGACAAAUUCAAAUAUUUUUCUCCCCCUGGUUGUGAUGUUGACAUGUAGUUAAUGUAAGACUGGUUUGUGCUCAAGUCCUCUUUUUUCUGUACAGCUCCAUUUUUAAAAGUUUUUAGGGGUUCAUGUUUUCAAUGAUUGACACUUGAUACAGCCUAUGGGGGUAUGAAGAUUACGUAGCUUACCUGGGGAUACGCUGUUUGAGUCGAGCCAACAAUGUUGGUUUCAGGAAGUGAAGAAAAGUAGCAGAAAUACUGAGAGCAAUUCGGCUUCAAAUCUGUAUAAUCAUGGAGAUGGGGUGACCUGGGGACCAUCACAGGAGGGGAGGAAUAAAUAAUGAAUGAAUGAAAUGUCCAUAGUUAAAUGAUGACUGCAACAGCACAUCUCGCACACACAGUAACAGAGGAGGCAGUAAGGUCAGCAGGUGGAUGGAAGUACUGACCAGAUACAGGGAUGUAAAUGAAACCUCCGAUGAAUGUGACGUUACGGAGGAAAAAUGAACGCCGCCCUCUUGCAAACUUACAUUGGUGAAUAGCAGUGUUCAUGGACUGACUCUAACGAGCAACUUUCAAAACACUAGUCUAGCAGGCAUGGAAUGACUGACGGCAGGGGUAGACAAUCACACACUAAAAGUGGCCCUGCUGCAGAGCCAUUCAAGGACCUUGUUCGCGGUUUAAACUGAGGGAAACAUUGCUGACAUUGCUUUCAGAUUGCUAAAAUUGCAGGGGACCAAAGCAGACUUUUGAAAAAGUAGGGGGGACAUGUCCCUCGUGCCCCCCCCCCACCCACCCACACACAAAUUACGUCAGUACGUAUAAUGAUAGAAGGCAGAACCAAGUUGUUGAUAGUAUUAACAGUCUAUGGAUCUGAUACUUGUAACUGGCUGCUCACCGCGAACCAAGACUAGGACUUUAUCAUGACUUAAAUUCUGACUGUAAUCUUCAAACAAAACAGCUUCAUGUUUCUAAUAGUCAUAUCUCUCUUUGCUAUUAAUUCAAUCUCUUAAAAUUAGGUAGUAUUUUUACUAUUAUUUAUUAUCAUUUUCACAACAAAGCCACAGAAUGCAAUUAUAAUCUGAAUCAACUGUGACUGUUUCUCUUGUUAAAUUAUGGCCAAAUUUUCAUCACUUUACAACUUCUUUCUGAUAAUAUUACCACUUUAAUUUCCUUACAUAAAAACUUUACAGAGACUUGCGUUACAUGUUGAAUUAUGAUGUCAUUAUGUUUUAAAUACAUCAUUUAAUUAUGACUUUAUUCUUGUAUCAUAACCACUUAAUUUUCAACAAAAGUGACUUUUUCUGUGAAACUUUUAUCUAGAAGUAUUCUCAUUGUAUUAUGAUUUACUAUAAUUCAGUUAAAUUAAUAAAGUAAAUUAAAUAAAGUAAAUUUUUAAUUUACUUUUUUUUUUCACAAAAUUACAUAACUCUUUUAGCAUUAUGACCUAACUGCAAAUUCAUUUCUUCAAUUAUAACCAUAAUAAUUUCAAUUAUAAUAACUUUAUUUCUCUCAGAUUAUGACUUUAUUGAUGUGAAACAGGUUUUCUGUCACGGUCUGACCCUCUGAAAUCCUCUAUCCUGUUCAUCAAUGUUAGAGACGAUAAGGAAACAGCCAGAUCUCCUCCUGUACCGGACCUGACUACUACAGAGACUACUUCUGCUAAAAGUUCAGAGGCUCCGAGAAAUUUUAAAACAUGGAUCCAUCCGAGGUCACCUUUUGAUAUGAGUGAGUUUGCAUCAUCAUCCUGUAUGUUUUCAGCUUUAACUGUGAAUAAGUGUCUCAUUGUGUGUCAUCAGAGCAGGUCCAGCAGAGUUUUAAGCAGAGUUGGAAGCUAAAUAAGUUACAGCCAACUUCCUUGUAUGCAAAAUCCAUCCACAAUAAAAACCAUCAAUUACUCAGUUUGGUUCAGUGCAUGCAACCACAAUUAUUCUGCAGACUGCUGACCAAACCAUCACCCAGAAGACCUUCACUGACCCCUUUAAGAAAGAGGGUUAGCCCCAGAGGGUCAUUGGUGUCCACAGAGUCAAUUCUAAAGGUCCAAAGCCAGCAAGAAGUUUCCCUAGUCUGUGAUGAUUUGGGGUGCCAUGUCAUCUGCUGCUGCUGGUCUACUGUGUUUUACCAAAUCCAGAGUCAAAGCAGCCUGAACUGUACCAGGACAAUUCCAUCUGUUGAGAAGCUUAACAGAGAUUUACAUUUCCUUUUCCAGGAGAACCUCCGGCACUAGACCUGAUUUCAUCAAAAACCUCUUCUCCUGAAAGUCCAGAGGCCUUUCCUCCUGAAGAGACCCACAAAUCUGACAAAGAAAAAGACGCUCUGAACCUGAGUCCUGCUUCUUAUGUUGGUAAGUUGAACUCUUCUCCAGGACUGGAGUGUGUUUUAUUUCAAUCAGGCCAAAUAACUGUCUUUAUUUGUGUAUUUGUGUAUUUAUCAGGAUUCUUACAGCCUCCCCUCAAUAAAUAAACUUUUAUCUCCCUGAAAGUGCCGCUGCUGCUGCCGCCACACUGCUGCAAAAGGAGCUACUCUCUGAUUCCUGCUCACUUUAGAAAGUUGAUCAAAAGACGCGAAUAUCAAGGUCCACCUGAGUGUCCAGUUAAAGCUGUUGUGUGAGUGCAAAGCUAAACUCUAAGGUUGGAAAAACCUAGUUUAACAAGUUUGAUGGUUUGCAAAUAAUUCAAAGGCUGUAUUGAAUCAAAAAUAGAGAAACCAAACAUUUAACUGUUGUAUGAAAACUGAGUUAUUGUGUUUUUUUUUCCUCUCUACAGAAUGUUCACAAGCUCAGGGGAAAGAUUUUGUGCCAGUUUCGAUGCUCUGUGGACUGACAAGGAUGAGGAGACGGCUACGUUUUACCCCACUGUCAUCCCACAAAGCACCGAGGUUUAUGAAAUACUCAUUAAGAACUUUUCCUCAUAUGUUGUUCAAAGCUUAUCAACUGUUUUUAUCUUUUCUGCUUUUAGGAUGAAUUUUACGACUACAACGAGGAGGAUUUUUCGUGA